AUGGCUGGAAGAAGGGAGAAACCUCAGUACAAGGUUCAGGGAAAGUUGGGGUAGGUAGGCAGGGCCAGCUGGAUAUGCAGAAGUUGAACAUGGGAUUAUUGUGCUUGAUUGGCCAGCAAACUUGCCUGACCUGAACCCCAUAGAGAAUCUAUGCGGCAUUGCCAAGAGACAGAUGAGAGACAUGAGACCGAGCAAUGUAGAAGAGCUGAAGGCUGCUAUUGAAGCAAGCUGGUCUUCCAUAGCACCUCAGCAGUGCCACAGGCUGAUAGCAUCCAUGCCACGCCGCAUUGAGGCAGUAAUUGAUGCAAAAGGGGCCCAAACCAAGCACGGAGUACAUAUGCAUGCUUCUACUUCUCAGAGGUCCAAUAUUGGUCUAUUUGCAAUCCUUGUUUUGCUGGUUUCAUUUAAUAUUCUAAUUUUCUGAGAUUGUUAAUUUGAGGUUUUCAUCAGCUGUACGCCAUGAUCAUCACAAUUAUAAGAAAUAAAGGCUUGACAUAUCUCGCUUUGCAUGUCAUGAGUCUAUCUCAUAUAUUAGUCUCACCUUUUAAGUUGAAUUACUGAAAUAAAUGAACUUUUCCACGAUAUUCUAAUUUUCUGAGUUUCACCUGUAUAGGAUGAGUAAGAUAAUGUCCUCAGUGGAUCUCUGCGAUUAUGCAGAAUGGGGUAGAAAGAAGGAUUUUUCUAAAAUGUGAUGAGCCUUAGCUAUAUAGGGUGUUAUGGUCAUACAAAAAUAUUAUUGCAGCAAAUUAUAUUGGGUAAUCAUUUCAUGGGAUACUCAGGGAAGUGUUCUUAAAAUCUCAUGUCCAAGUGCUUUUACUUUUCUAUCUUUUUUUUUAGGUCAUUGAUUGCCAGAUUUCAGUAUCAUAGCACUAACGAACAGGAGAGGCUCAAAGUAAGUUCAAUGCUUAUUUUCCAGAAGAUGUAAGAUUCGCAGUCACUUUGUUCCAUAUGAUACAAAGGCAUAGAAGGGCAUAUUAAAAUUCAUGCAAGAUUAUAGAGUCAAGUUUUUGAAUAAAUUAAGUUCAACUGUGUUGCCAUAAAUUGCCAUGCAUUAUUUAUUUUUACACAUGUUUGUCAAAUUUUUAUAAUGAAUAAUUUAUUCCUCGCGUAUCAUUUGAUGUAGUUCGCCUUUCAUGCACUCUAAAUCAAUAUGUACAAACCAGAAAUGGUAGUGCUGGAGCAAAUUUGCUGUGAUAGCUAUUCUCGAUACUUUGUUAUAGUGCUUGGUUUGCAAUGAGCUGGAAAUGUAAAUGUCUAAUAUCAAUGUGGUGUGUGUGUAUGUGUUUGUGUGUGAGAGUGUCUCCCAGAACACCUAUAUGAUGUUGCUCCUCAUUUUUUCCUCAACAUCAAAAACCAUGAAGCCCUUCGUUUAAUUGUUUAGGCUGCAAUCCUAACCACAUUUAAUCAGAAGCAAGUCUUACUGCAUUUAAUGAAUUUACAUCCAAAUAAAUGGGACUAGGGUUGCAGCUUUACUUAUCAUCUGCAACUGGCAAGAAACCCAGCAAUUUAUUUCUUAUCGCUUGCAUUUAUCUCUUAUCACCCUUCCCCCUUCCCCUUUUCCUAGUUCAAAUCUGGAUUCCUUGAGGCUGAAACCUAUAUAUUAUUUUGCUGCUCUAUAAAGUGACUCACGUAUUGAUGUUAUAACAACUGUACGUCUUACGGAACUUUUUUUGCCUCUUUUGUGUUCAAAGAGCAGGAUGUGUAAUAGUUCUCCUUAUAGAUCUUAUGCAAUGUUUCCAUUCCCUCUCCUAUCGCUGACACACUGUGCUGCAUCAGCAUAAUGCAGAGCUGUUGUUUCGUUUUAAAGAUUUUUUCAGCGACACAAUCAGCAUUCAGUAAGGAGGAUAACAUGCAAAAGGGUGCAAUUAAUGCAGUUGGCGCGCGCUGCAAUAUGCCAUUUCCAUUAUACAAAGCCCUCCCUAUACCUUCUGACAUUUCUCAGAUGAAAGCAGGGAUGAAAACUCCUGCAAAUGAGUGGAUGAAGCUAAGGGUAGAAUGAAGCAACCCAGUUGCAUAGCUAUCAGGAGAACCAUGGGGCCAACACAAAGCAGACUCUAAUGUACCAGAAGUAGAAAAUUAGAAAUUAAAGGUUAAUGCUGGCAGAUGACAGGAUUCUUCUUUCUUUGUCGAUCACUCGUAGCCAAGUAAGAUUGUCUUCCAUAGACAUGGUUUUAACAGUGAGUUUGUAAAUGACUGUGGAGGCCAAUUCUGGAUCCACACGUCCUUCCACAGUGGGGACAUACUGCUUGCUAUCAUCCGCCUGUUCUGCCAUUGAAGACUUCUUGGAUCAUUCUUUGUCUAGCUCCUUCCCUUUGACCUUACCGCCUUGGGUGAUCCUGCUGGGAGUAUGAGAUUCCCGAUGGCUUCGCUCACAAGGGUCAUAGGAACAUGCAAGCCCACUCACCACGACAAGGUGAUGAUCCAGCGAGUGGAACAUAUAAUCCACAAAUUUAUAUUAUAUUAUAUUAUAUUAUAUUAUAUUAUAUUAUAUUAUAAUUACAUUUGUACUAUUCAGAAGGUUCUAUAGCUGAGGAAGCCAAGGCUCAACAAGGAAUGACUAGCUAGCUCAAGAUAAGCCAAUGAAUUCAGACUUCUUAAGUAGAAAUAAUAAGAAGUACUUGUGAGUAUAUUGCAGGGUGCUUUUUCCUCACUGCUGAGCAAUCACUGCACUUAUAAUUCAGAAGCAGAACUUGCUGAGUGACAGUUCUUCACACAGAUUUAAAAAAUCCAGAACCUACCUACCUUAUGAAUUAAGCACUAACCCCACUUCCAUUGCCAGCAAACUACAGCUAAAGAACAAAUACAUUUUAUCCCUUUCUUGCUUAUUCUCUCCCUUCCUCUUGAUUUAAUUUGUGCUCUGACUGUUCUUGCCAGAACCUACCCUAUGUAUUCAAUACCAAGAUUAAAUCCAAGAAUUUGUGGAAAGUACAGAUUGAGGUUGAAUCCUGACAAGACAGAAGUACUGUUUUUGGAGGACAGGAGGCGGUUGGGUGUGGAGGACUCCCUGGUCCUGAAUGGGGCAACUGUGCCCUUGAAGGACCAGGUGUGCAGCCUGGGAGUCAUUCUGGACUCACAGCUGUCCAUGGAGGCUCAGGUCAACUUUGUGUCCAGGGCAGCUGUCUACCAGCUCCAUCUGGUACGCAGGCUGAGACCCUUCCUGCCCGCAGACUGUCUCGCCAGAGUGGUGCAUGCUCUAGUUAUCUUUCGCUUGGACUACUGCAAUGCACUCUAUGUGGGGCUACCUUUGAAGGUGAUCCAGAAACUACAACUAAUCCAGAAUGCGGCAGCUAGACUGGUGACUGGGAGCAGCCGCCGAGACCAUAUAACACCAGUUUUGAAAGACCUACACUGGCUCCCAGUACAUUUCCGAGCACAAUUCAAAGUGGUGGUGUUGACCUUUAAAGCCCUAAACGGCCUCAGUCCAGUGUACCUGAAGGGGCGUCUCCACCCCUGUUGUUCUGCCCAGACACUGAGGUCCAGUGCCGAGGGCCUUCUGGCGGUUCCCUUGCUGAAAGAAGCCAAGUUACAGGGAACCAGGCAGAGGGCCUUCUCAGUAGUGGCACCCACCCUGUGGAACGCCCUCCCACCAGAUGUCAAAGAGAAAAACAACUACCAGACUUUUAGAAGACAUCUGAAGGCAGCCCUGUUCAGGGAAGCUUUUAAUGGUUAAUAGGUUUUUGUAUUUUAAUAUUCUGUUGGAAGCCACCCAGAGUGGCUGGGGAAACCCAGCCAGAUGGGCGGGGUAUAAAUAAUUUAUUAUUAUUAUUAUUAUUAUUAUUAUUAUUAUUAUUAUUAUUAUUAACCCCACUGAAUGCAUAGGAUUGUUGGGUCCAGCAUUAUUAUUUGUGUAGAGGGAGAACCUAUUGUUAAUUUUUCUGCCAAUGAUUAAAUCUAAUAAGAUCUCUUUUUACUUGUAAUAUAUUUCCAGGAAGCUUUCUCCAUCACAAUUUGUGUCCUUAGGAAACCAUUUUCUUCUGUCACAUGUAUUCAAGCAAACAAUUACUCUUUCCAAGGAAAAAACCCAUGUCAACCAUUUAAGUGGGCUUUGGGCUCCAAGCAAACCUUCCCACAUGUUAGUCUCUUUAGCAAACAGACAAGCUAAAUAAACUGAAAGUCAGCACAGUCACUCUCUCUUUCUCUUAUUCGGGCUCAACCUGACCUGUUGAUUUCCUUUUACUAGUGACGGACAGCAGCUACAACAGAAAUCGCUAGCGGUUUUGAAACUCAAAAAUUUACCGUAGUUGAAGGACAAAUUGAAGUAGAAUACAUUACUCUUCUGAAACGUUAAUAUUCUUCUUACUUUUACAAGUGGUUCAUUGUUCCAACUUUCCUUAUUAACUGCUAUUACAGUUUGUAAAUCAUGAAAAGUAUUAAGGCAUUUGGUAACUGGGGAAAAGGCAUUUAUCUGUUCUUGCAAUUUUCUGGUAAAUAUCAGAAUUAUUAUGCUAUUUCCCACUGCAAACUCAGAGUACUGCUGGGAAAUUCACAGAGUUUAGCACACUAACAGUAACACACACAUAAAUACUCAAUUAGACGUGGGAAUAAAAUAAAACCAUAGUGUAGAACCUGCGACCCACAGGGCAGAUCUGGACCGCCAGGGUCUCCUAAUCUAGCAUAACAUCUCUCCUGCCAGGUCAUGAUGUUAGUUUAUCUCAACCACAUACCCUUAAGAGUCCCUCCAAUCUAAUCUACCCACAUCUCAUUCUUUGCCUUGGUUCCAGAUACUGAAAUGGACCCCAAAACAUGUCCCUUGACUUCGGAGAGCUGAUAGACACACCAUACGUUUAAAGUACAUGACCUCACCCCAAAGGAUCCUGGGAACUUUAGUUCACAGAUCCCAGCACUCUUACAAGCUACAGUUCCCGAGUUGUUUUUGUUGUUCUUUGUAACUGCUUGUGUUUUGACAUUGUGUAUUUUUGGAGCACACCCUGGCUGCCAGAGUGAACUGAAUUUUAACUGCAGACAUCCUAAACCUUGCUUCUAAUCUUUCCCCCCUGAGCACAUAUACAGCUGCCAGUUAGUUCUGUCAGUUGGUUUGGGGUUUGUUUUAGGUACGAUUCCUGUGUGACUUUCUGUCAUGAGGGGUGGGAUGCAGAAGGAGGGCAAGAAAAUGAGUUUUCUUGGUUUUGUUGACUUGCGCAGAUCCUUAAGUGUGGCGACUGGAAGGUUGAAGGAAACGUGAGAGGAUCAGGAAUGAAUGGGUGAGUGUAUGUGUGCUUUGUGUGUGUAAAUGAUGUAACUUUUUAGUUUCAGGAAACAAGACCCAUUCCAUUUUUUUAAAAAAGAAACCUGCUUAUAGCUGGGCAGAAUUGCUUAAUGUUAUUGGACAUUCAAGUGGGCUGAGAUGAAUUUUGAUACAUUUUUUUAUUAUUAUUCAAAAUUAUAACAAGACAUAUUAUCCAAAAACAUAUCAUCCUUAUUCCCCCCCCCAUUUUUCCUCCCUCCCACCUCCCCACCUCCCACACAGAACCCCCCACCCCCACCCCCCCAACUUCCCUCAGUUCCAGUCUUUGGUUUCUCUAAUAAUGUUGUUUUCUGCACGUUACAAUGUCGUAUAGAUCCUCAAACUGUUUAGCUGAUUAUUAUCAGUAAAAAAAAUAUUGUGAAUGUUUAUUCAAAACCUGCCAAGGAGUCCAGUUCGCUUUGUUGCAUCUUCAGAUACUUUGUAAAAGGUUCCCAUUCAUCCUUAAAGUCACAGUUAUCCUUGUCCCGUAGCUUAUAUGUCAGUUUUGCCAGUUCUGUAUAGUCCAUCAGUUUUUCUUGCCAUGAUUCUUUAGUUGGGAUUUCUUCAGUCUUCCAUCCUUGUGCUACCAGAACUCUCGCAGCCUUUGUCACAUACAUGAAGAUGUUUUUCAACUUGGAAGCUGCCCAUUGGACAGUGGAGAAAUGUUUUUAUGAGCCUCUUUGGGAAGUAUCUUCUAUUUUUGAAAGCAGCAUAUUAAUAAACAUAAAAUAAUGCAGAUUAAAAUGCUGAACUGGGUAUACCUUGAUCUAGCAAUUGUCCCUUGGAUAAUUCAAAACCUGUAUUAAUAUUUACUUUGGCUAUUGCUAUCUUGGCUGUGAGUCCUGCUCCCUGCCUUGUGGGCUUUUGUCCACCUGGCCUGGGAGGACUGGGCCCAGACUGACUCCAACUACAAAAGCUAAGGCUGUUGAACAGAUUCUUGGCCUGGGGUGUUGUUUGGGUUUUCUGGCUUUGGGGGGGGGGGUUGCUGUUGUUGCUGUUUGUUUUCUCUAUCCUGUGAUUUAUGUGGAAAUUGUUGCAUUUGGUUAUGCAUUUUUAAAUGCUUUAUUUAUUGUUUACAACUACUUUUGUAAGGAUGCAUUUUUUCAUGUUGUAAGCCUCCUUGAGCAUGGUUUGAACUGUGGAAAGGUGACAUACAAAUAAAGUUAUGUGUGUAUGCACCUGUAUUUCAUUAUUCUUUGUAUUCAUUAUUUUUUCCCACAACAUUGUUGAUUCUUUAAAAUAUAAUGUACCAGAGUUUUUUCCCUUUGCACUUCAGUGUAGUGUAUAUAACUAUCUGGAACAGAUUAAUCUAGGGAAGGAAAUGGUUCAUUUGUGUGUCCCCAUAUCUCAUUCCUUUUCCCCCUGGAAAGCUUUUUGGUCAAUGUGGAAGAUUAUAUUGUCUCCUAGUUCUUGUAUCACCACCUUGUGGUUGGCAUCUAUCUGUGUCAGGACACCAUGAAAGAGUAGACCUUUUGGGCUGAAGUCUAACCAUUUGAAAGUUGAAGUGCCUGCUGUGGCUGUAGAGAGAGAUACAGGAGAGACAGUUUUGUUGCAGCUGGGGCAGAUAAAGGUGUCUAGUCAUGCUGAUGGAGGUGUACCAUGGCAGUUCUUUUCUAGUCACUGGAGCAGGCACAGGCAAACUCAGUCCUCCAGAUGUUUAGGGACUACAACUCCCAUCAUCCCUAGAUAACAGGACCAGUGGACAGGGAAGAUGGGAGUUGUAGUCCCAAAACAUCUGGAGGGCCAAGUUUGCCUAUGCCUGCACUGGAGGGUCCAAACGCUCAAUGGAAUCUGUUCAGCUGGUGGGUUUCUUAAAUCUUACUAGAUCAGCAGAUCUCUAUCCUGAUCUUUAUCCUUCCUGUCCCUCCUUCUGCCUGAGUGAGGAGACUGGAACCAUAUCACGCCAACUGCCUUGAUCAACUGGGCUUGAGUGGGCCUGUUCUCUGUCUUUCUGAUGAAGAAGAGUUUGGAUUUGAUAUCCUGCUUUAUCACUACCCAAAGGAGUCUCAAAGCGGCUAACAUUCUCCUUUCCCUUCCUCCCCCACAACAAGCACUCUGUGAGGUGAGUGAGGCUGAGAGACUUCAGAGAAGUGUGACUAGCCCAAGGUCACCCAGCAGCUGCAUGUGGAGGAGCAGAGACGCGAACCCGGUUCACCAGAUUACGAGACUACCGCUCUUAACCACUACACCACACUGGCUUUCUGCUGCCCUCUAGGGUAGUGGUUCACCCAAAUCCCAUAUGUCCCAGGGUCAAAUUCCUCCACCUUCUUCCCUUUAUUCUAGUCCAAGUAUUUGUUUAGCGUUGAAUGGGAAGGAGGAAUAAUCUUUCCCCUUUCUUAUGUCUAGGAAGGGCCUCUUUUCCAGGGGAAGCCUCUCUGUCCUCUUUUCUCCCAUUCUCUAUUUUUAUUUAUUUAUUUGUCAAUCUGGUCCCCUCCAAUUCACAACUCUUUAGAUUUGUGAAGCAGUGGUUUCUCUCUGCAUUUGUUGUGACUUACUUGUAAACAGAUCACAGCAAUUUAGAAAUUGCACUAAUUGUUUGGUGAGCAGGUUUUGAUCAUAGUUUAGCAUCAAUUUACGGCUGUAUGCUAAAUAUUAUCCUUUUCCUAAAUGGUCCAUAAAGCAAUGCUUUAGACUCUUUUUGUUGUUGUUAAUGGAAACAUUUCUGAACUCCCCACAGGAUGUUAUUAAAUUAGACAUUUCCAUUUUUAAUUAAGUAAUAUGUAUGUGUCUUAGGGCGGGGAGAGGGAGGGAUGCAGUCAGCUAUAGAAAAGUAAUGGUUGCAAGUUGUUGCGACAUUGUUUCCAGACAGCUGUAAUCCCGUUACUAGACAUUAAUUACACAUUUAUUUAAGCAAUUAAGCAUGGAAAUGGCAUUAUUGUCAAGGAUGUGAUGUAUGACCUGAAAGUAAUUUAGUUAAUGAGGAACAAGAAGUGUUUCUUAACUAGGGCAAGUAUUUGGUUAGUGCCAUUGCUAAUUACCCCCAACAAACUUCAGUCAGAGUAUUCCAUACUUGGUGGUGGUCUUUUUUUCAUUUAGCAAGAAAACCUAGAAGCAAACCUAGAAACAAUAACAAGAAUAAGAAUGCUAUAAUCCUAACUAUACUCACUUGGAAAUAGGACCCAACAGCACUUACUUCUGAGUAAACGUAUCUGUAAACAAUAUUGUUUUGCUUGCAGUAAAAAAAAGGUAAGGUAAAGGACCCCUGACAGUUAAGUCCAGUUGCAAACGACUCUGGGUUUGCGGCCCUCAUCUCACUUUACAGGCCAAGAGAGCCAGCGUUUGUCUGCAGAUGGUUUUUCUGGGUCAUGUGGCCAGCAUGACUAAGCCGCUUCUGGUGCAACAGAACACCAAAACCAGAGCAGCACACGGAAACACCAUUUACCUUCCCACCGGAGCGGUACGUAUUUAUCUACUUGCACUGACGUGCUUUCAAACUGCUAGGUUCUCAGGAGCUGGGACAGAGCAAUGGGAGCUCAUCCCGUUGCAGGGAUUUGAACCGCCGACCUUCUGAUUGGCAAGCCCAAGAGGCUCAGGGGUUUAGACCACAGCGCCACCCACGUCCCUAUAUUUGCUUGCAGUAAUAGAGGAUAAAUUAGAUUGGGUAUGCAUAUGAGGGUGAAUUCAUAUUAUUCGCACUUUCUGAAACAAGAUAUGAAUGAAAACGCAGCCCCCCCCAUUGAAAUCUUCUCUGAAUUUUCCCACUGCAGUGGCAACAUCAUAGGUUAAUCCAAGGCGCAAUUAUUUCUAAUUGAAAACUUUUUGCAAAAAAAUGUGAAUAUUGGGCAAUUGAGAGAAACCAAAAUUGUCUCCCUGGAGACAACAGGGCAAGCUGCCCUUCUAUAUGCAUCUUUCUGUUGCCCUUGACUUGACACUCCAGUUUUAAGUUUAUGUCUUCUCUUAAGUACACAAACACACACACACCACCCAACAUCAGUAUAUUGUGAACAGAGAUGAGGGCAAAUGUAAGAUAAUGUAAACAGAGUUGGGCCUCACUAGGGUAAGAGGAGAGCUGGUUAAUGUUGAGUUGCAACUUCCUUAAAGCAAAACUUCACAUUUGGCUGAGCUAUGCCUUACAUCCCAUAGGGAAGCGGGUGGUGCUGUGGGUUAAACCACAGAGCCUAGGACUUGCCGAACAGAAGGUCAGUGAUUCGAAUCCCCAUGACAGGGUGAGCUCCAGUUGCUCGGUCCCUGCUCCUGCCAAUCUAGCAGUUCGAAAGCACAUCAAAGUGCAAGUAGAUAAAUAGGUACCGCUCUGGCGGGAAGGUAAACAGUGUUUCCGUGCGCUGCUCUGGUUCGCCAGAAGCGGCAUAGUCAUGCUGGCUACAUGACCUGGAAGCUGGACGCCGGCUCCCUUGGCUAAUAAAGCGAGAUGAGCACCGCAACCCCAGAGUCGGCCAUGACUGGACCUAAUGGUCAGGGGUCUUUACCUUUACCUUAUGCCUUACAUCCCAGGCUGUUUCUAUAACGUUCCACAGUUAAACUGUGCAAUUCACCACUGUAUUUCUGCAAUGAUUUGCCGUUCUAUCUAUCUGUCUGUCUAUCUAUCAUGCACAUUCUUCAGCUUUUAGUGCAAUUUUCUCCUAAUGAACACAUUUUUAUAUGUGGUUUCAAGUUAGAGGCACAUAGUUGCAGUUUUUCCUAAUACAAUGCAUUUGGGCAUGUUAUUUUCACCAAUAUAUUCAUUUACACACACUGUCCUGUAAUGUAUGCAUUUUUGUAAACACUGGUUGGUUGGAUAACUGCAUUUCAAAAUUCAAAUAAGUGCAAAUUUCAAAGGAUGGUUGCUUUUCAAUUAUCAUAUUGUUUUGGAAAGUGAGAAUUUGAUAGGAUUCCCCUCUAAAUGCAAACUUGGUUGAAUUUCUCCCCUGUCUCUAGGUUCGCCACAGUUGGAUGCAAGCUGUUCUCAAUUGCAUGGGCCAACCCAACUCCCAUUCUAUGAUGGAGGCAUGGCUAGAGCAAAUGCUUUGCAUGCAAUAAAAUAAAAUAAAACCCAGGUUUUAUCCCUGGAACAUUGUCUUCCAAAAAAAGGAGGAGGUGAUGGUAACAGGUUUUGCCUGAACCAUUGGGAGUUGGGUUAGGUGCAGAAUAAUCAAAUGGGUUACAAGACCACUUCUUGGAGCUACACAACCAGCCCAAGAGCAACGAAUGUGCUGCUUGGAAAAGCUGUUGCCAUUUUCCUUUUUUGAACGCUUAUAUUAGAUCUCCACACGAAAGCUCUCUGGAGGAAAGAAGUGUGGAUUAUAUGCAGCAAAUGAGAAGCUGGUUCUCUAGGUCAUGACCUCUUACCAUUGGCCUGUGGCAAGGCUAUCUCUGAAGCCCCAGGAUUGGCUGCACCCUGAGGCAAGUUAUUGAGCAAGAUGAAUAAUUGAUUUAUGAAGUAGGGCAGUUUGAAUUCUGUCAUGUUAAUGGAGGUGAGCAGCUGUACGAGUAGACAAAUGUUGCAUGCCCAUCUGCAUCUUUCCUUUAUUUCUUUAAAGACCAUUUGAAUCUUAAAUAAAUAGUUUCAUCACUGAAGCGAAGCGCAACUUGCAUGAUAAGUGCACACUCUCCUAACUUUAAAUAGGCUCAGUUUUUGAGGAGAUGGAGAGAGAAAUCCCCCAUGAAUAUGGGUGUGGGAGAUUAUUAUUAUUAUUUUGGAGGGGUGAGGAAAAUUCAUUGUGUGUUUAUAAGAUUCUUCUAGCCCCUACCAUCAGAAACUCUGGAUGCAUGUGGACUGAUGAGUUACCAUCUUUGAAUUUAUGACACCUGGAAUUUGCCCAACAUCACAAUGCAUGCUUCACCACCCACAAAUGGGGAAAAAAAACUGAACACCAAAAUUUACCUCCCCCCACCCCCCGAAAAUGAAAUAUUCUGACAGCUAUGAAGCCAUUUCACCAUCAAGUAAUUAAACAAGUAAAUGGGUUGCUUGAUGGAUUAGGUGAGACCUAUUGAUAAAUGGCUUAUUACCAAAUAUUUCACUGCACAGCUUGUGUUGGAAUUCUCUGAAUCUGUUUGUUUCUUAUUGCCAUUCCUAUAAACAGUUAAUGAAAGUUGAUUUUAUUUUAAUCUAAUUACUUGAGGGGAAAAAGAUACUCAACAACAUUCUGCUAUACUUGUCUGUAUUUGUUUUGCAAGUUUCUGUUAUCUUUUAUUCAUCUACCAGAAUACUUCUCUCUAUUUUCAUUUGCUUGCAUUAUUUCAAUGAGUUAGUUGCAUGCCUCUCCUUUUGGGGUGUAAUGAAAAUGUAAUGUACAGCCAUCAUGCGUAAGUGUGGGUUGUCACACAUCACUGGUGAUUUAACUGUUUCUUUUUGCUAAUGUUUUCGCAUUUUGCUUAUUGAAAGUGCACACAAAAAGUUAUAAAUACAAAUAUAUUCCAGGUAUUCACAAUUCUGGGCUUAUGUCUGUUAUUUUCAGCAUAUCUACUCUGAGUAAAACUUAGUUGGAUACAAUCCAGAAGGUGAAAUUCUUUAUACAAUAACCUGUAGUAAGUCCCAUUGAGCUCUGUUUAAUUCGAAGUAGAAAUAUAUAGGAUUGCAUCAUUAGAAAUUUACUGCCAAAUCAGUAGCUAUCACACCACAGUAAAAUGGAUAUUAGCUUAUACUACAGUGGUACCUCUGGUUAAGAACUUAAUUCAUUCCAGAGGUCCAUUCUUAACCAGAAACUGUUCUUAACCUGAGGUACCACUUUAGCUAAUGGGGCCUCCUGCUGCCACCACACAAUUUGUGUUCUCAUCCUGAGGUAAAGUUCUCAACCCGAGGUACUACUUCUGGGUUAGCAGAGUCUCUAACCUGAAGUUUCUGUAACCCAAGGUGUCUGUAACCCGAGGAACCACUGUAUAUGGAAACUCUAUUGCCAUUAAGGUUUAAUAAACUCUUUUCUACUCAUGGCAAAAACUUCCAUUGAUUGGGAAUGCUGUUGUUACUAGAAAUGAUUUCCCCAGGCAUUAUGUGACCCACGAGAACAGCAAAUAACCGGACUGUACAAUGGUGAUGGGAGGAAAUCAGACCAAAUCUUUAUUGACAGCAGCAAGCAGAAUAAGUGUUGGAAUGGCAUUGGAGUCAGGAUCAGUUCAUGAUUCCAUAAAACCACAUUGAUGGAAUGGGUCUGCUGGCUUUGGACCACCGCAAACCUGUUCAAUGGGAGUCGGUCAGUGCUGAAUCUUGCUUUGGUACAAGCCAAGCACGAAAGGUCUUCUUGGGUGACCACGGAGCAGAUUCAAACCAGGCACAUACCCCAACCCAAGCUUGGGGGGUGCUGUGUCAGUCCUCCCUUCAGGCUCCGUAUGGUGGGGCUAUAGUAUGUUGGUCCUGCCCAAUGCCAUUCCUCCUUUCACCUAACAAAGGAAGGGUGAGUGGGGAGCUCUUGAGGCGAACUGACUCUGAGUUCCAGGGGAAGCAGCCUUCUUUAAGCUUUCCCCUCACUUUUGCAAGGGCUCAUGGAGCAGCUUCUCCCCAUGAACCCAUUGCACAGAUAAGAUUUUGCUGCAAUCUAUGGGCCCCUGGGGGGGGGGACGCUGGUGGCGCUGUGGUCAGAGCCUAGGGCUUGCCAAUCAGAAGGUCAGCGGUGUGAAUCCCCGUGACGGGGCGAGCUCCCAUUGCUCGGUCUCUGCUCCUGCCAACCUAGCAGUUCAAAAGCACGUCAAAGUGCAAGUAGAUAAAUAGGUACCACUCCGGCGGGAAGGUAAAUGGCAUUUCCAUGCACUGCUCUGGUUUGCCAGAAGUGGCUUAGUCAUGCUGGCCACAUGACCCAGAAGCUGUACACUGUCUCCCUCGGUCAAUAAAGUGAGAUGAGUGCCGCAACCCCAGAGUUGUCCACAACUGGACCUAACGGUCAGGGGUCCCUUUACCUUUAUGGGUCCCAGUGCUUCCGGGGAAAGGUGCCCUGUGCUUAUUGGCACAGAACGAGGUUUACCUGAAGCAGUCAGAUUAAGUAUAACUUAAGCAAUUGGAGUUAACAACUUUGAACUCAAAUGGGAAAUUUAGGCACCCUUCAACUCUAGCUGGGGGACGCGGGUGGCGCUGCGGUCUAAACCACUGAGCAUCUUGGGCUUGCCGAACAGAAGGUCAGCAGUUCGAAUCCCCACGACGGGGUGAGCUCCCGUUGCUUGGUCCCAGCUCCUGCCAACCUAGCAGUUUGAAAGCACGCCCAAAACUGCAAGUAGAUAAAUAGGUACCUCUCCGGCAGGAAGGUAAAUGGCAUUUCCAUGCGCUGCUCUGGUUUCGGUGUUCCAUUGCACCAGAAGUAGCUUAGUCAUGCUGGCCACAUGACCUGGAAAAACCAUCUGCGGACAAAUGCCGGCUCCCUCAGCCUGUAAAGCGAGAUGAGCGCCACAACCCCAAAGUCGUCUGCGACUGGACUUAACUGUCAGGAGUCCUUUACCUUUACUUUUUUAGACUCUAGCUGAAUGACAGUUGCAAAAUAACAUUUUGCAUCAUUUUGAAAACUGCAACUGCUAACAAAGUUUCAGAUUCCAGAAUCAAAAUUAGCCGCCAACAUUCAAAACAUGUUUUGAAUGCUUAUAUUUGAAUGAUGAAUAUAAUCUAUACAGACUUGCUAAUUUGUACUUUAAUAUAUUGACUACAAAUGCCUGCCAGCUGUUGAAUACUGUUCAGUAUUAGAUUCUAUUGAAGCAUCUUACUAUGUUCAAUGCUAAUGUUGAGUAUACAAAUAGCUUCCAAAUUGCAGAGUACAAGAGAGAGGCAGAUGCCAGUCUUGGGCACAACUUUUAUUCAGCUUCUAAAAUUAAAAUUUAAUUCAUCUGAGAUUAGUGAAGCCCCUUCCUCUCGUCACUCCCCUUCACCUUUGUGGUGGGAAGGUAAACAGCAUUUUCGUGAGCUCUGGUUUCCAUCACGGUGUGACGGAAGCAUUAUUAUCAAUUUACAAUGGGGUGGAAGGUUCACAGGCUAUGAAGAACUUGCUCACAAAUUUAUUGACAGCUCCACAAAUUAUUAUAGCUAGGAAGCUAGGAAGUGGAAGGGGCAAACAGAAUCUAAAAUGGAAGAAUGGUAUAAAGAUCUGUGGGAUAUACCUAUUAAUGAUAAAUUAACAUGUGUCAUUAAGGUAAGACAGGGAAUAUGCAGGAGAAAUGAUUUUGAGGCGAUAUGGAGGGUGUUUGUAGAAUUUGUACUGUUAAAACGGAAAGGGGUCAAACCAUCACGAGAGGUUUUGAAAUUUUGGGAGGUUGGAUAGCUACAAUGGAAUGGCCUCAGUGGUGGGGUGCACAUUUUUAUUCUUAUUUAUUUAUGGUUAUUACUGUGUGUGUAGAUAUAUAUAUAUAGUAAGAAGCUCAAGAUCUUCAAUUAGUAGGUUGGGUAUAAAUACUCCUAAAUGGACAAACAAACAAAUGAAUACAAGGCAUUAGGUUUACUAGUUGUGUGUCAAAGCCCCAAGCACCCCCAUGAGAAUAAAGACACAAGGACACAGAAUUUUAGGUUAAUGUUAAUGGGCAAAAUUUAGGCCACAACUUUAUUGGUUACAGAAUGUGAGUGGUAUUGGCUUAGGCAUUGGUAUCCACAGACUAUAUCUGACUCCUGCCCGCUUUGCAGGGAGUCUGGUAAAGGUAAACCACUGGUAGGGGAAGCCCCACCAAUGUGGAUCGAUUCGAGCACCCCCUGGGUUCCCGCUGGGGUCGUGGCCUGGCCCUAGCUCCUCCCCAGGCUUCAGAUGAACGAAUGAAAGGGGAAAGGGGCAUGUCAUGUAACUCAACUCAAAUGUGACAAAACCAGCCAUUGGUGUGCACAAGAUACCUCAUGCUUAUUCUGCCAUGUACAGCUACAAUUGACCAACAGUGAGGAUGGUAAGCUCCAAAGGAGAUACUGUUGUACUGUGUUCAGGUCUGGCUUCUGGGCUUCCCAAGCAAAGCUUACAUUCAUCAAGAUAACAAAGCACAUCCCAUUAGCUAAACAAUAAUAGGGUGUCCUGUAAAACAAACUACAUCUCUCUCUUUUCUCUGCUUUUAGUUGUAGGCUUGCUUCCCAAGUUCCAAAAUUUUGUAGCUAAGGUCACCAGUGACAUGUCAUAUGUUUCCUGUGGCCAAUGCAUACCUUCCUAGCCAUCCGUCUUGGGCUGCGGAGAGUGUUUUGGCUGCUCCACCUAUGGCCUCAUAACUUGGUGUUCCUUUGCCCCUGGUGAGGCCUGUUUAUUAGCAGUGGAUACUUCAGCCAUGCUUGUCAUUAUUAAUCAUCAUAUCUUGUUAGACAAACUGAGCUUUCAUUAGGGACUCACCUCUCUCUGUCUUGCUUAACUUGAGCAGCCCUUAUCUGAUUGAUCAUUCUCUGCAUGUGAUAUGAGCUCCUCUUAGAAUCCCUUUUAUCAUUCUUCCUUCGUGCCUCACUCUCAGGCUCUCCAUACACGAUUUCAUUAGCACUCAUUACAACAUGUUAUGGUCUCCAAUUGCAUUACCAUGCAGACAGCACACUGCUGUGCUGAGGUCUUCCCUGACUUUCUGAUUCCACUUUGACACGCUGAGAGCAUUUCUCUGAGAAAUAUAAUGAGUGUUAUUAUUUUAAUCUGACUUUUUUUUUUCACAACAGACCUCUCUGUUGGCGGCAAGUGACAUGGCUUGUGUUUGACACCUACUAACUCUGUAAAAAUGUCACUUGUAAUGUUAAACUGCUAACAUGGCUUUUCUCUCUCACUUGAGGUAGGAGACUGAACAGUUUGAAGAAGCAAAAUACUCCCCCCCCCUCCAUUUUUACUGAUAGGAAAACAGCAUGUCUAUCCCCCCUCCCUCAAAGUGAGAUUUUUUUUUUUUUAACAAGAAAAUCUCCCAGAGACAGCUCAGUAAAUCAAAACUCAACCAGCAGGUACAUAGGAUGAGGCAUUAUGUUAUUUGCAUAUUUUCCCCAUUUCCCUGAGGUAAUCUGUGCAAAACACCGACAGUGUGAUGUAACUUUUGCAUCAAGCCCUGUCAUUCACAGAAGUCAAGUUAAUGCUCUUCUCGGUUGCAGUUAUUACCUUGCAAGGAAUCCAUUUUGGUUUUAAAACUUCACAGAUGUUUCCUGAGGUAAAUAUGGCACAGUGCAUAAUAUGCUUCACUUUCACAGGACACCUGGGUCCAAAUAGCAAAGAUCUCUUGGUGCAUUCUUUUUAUGUGUAUUCCGAUAGGUUUACUUUUUAAGUGUGCACCUAAAAAUGUGGCCUAAACACAGGUAUACUAGGGAGAAAGCCCCAGUGAACACAUUGGAGUUUGCCGUCAAGUAAGCAUGCAUAGGACCACACUGUACAAUUCCCAAAAACUGAGCUAGCAUUUCUCAGAAGACAUUUUUCUGAAACCUUUUCUGAGAUUUUUCUCUCUACCCUCAUCCUUUUAUAUUUACAUAAAUUUAUUUGUUUUCAGAUUAAAAUUUUACAAUUACAUAUCCAACAUACAACAUAAAAACAAGACUCCGGAGAAUCCCUUUGACUUCCUUGCUCCCCUUUGUGGGUCCUAUUGUUAAUCGUUUUCUCCUGCACCUUUUAUGAUAAUCCAAAACUUUUACAGCUCCAUUGUGUCCAAAAUUCACCAUUAAACUACAAGUGUUAUUCCAAUCCUACUAAUGAUUUUAGCUGUUUAAAAUGGUUUUUAAGAUAAAUUAUAAAUUUCCCCCAUUAUUAAAAAAAAUUAUCUUCCUGAUUUCUGAUUCUUCCGGUCAUUUUAGCCAUUUCAGCACAAUCCACCGACUUGAUUUGCCAUUCUUCUCUGGUCGGGACUUUAUCUUAUUUCCAUUAUCCUUUCCCAUGAAAGAAGGUCACUACGCACAUUCCCUCCCUGCAAAACAUUCUCCAGUUUUUAAAUUUUAAUUUCAGUUAUUGUGAAAGUCACCAUUUCCCCCUGUUAUGCUCAAUAAUGGUGACAGGUCUGGAACCUUGUGAAGGAUUAUAGAAGCUGGGCUGUCAAUGCAUCAACAACCUCUCUUCCUGCCCCCAACAAAAACACAAAGUAAUUUUGUGAGGCUAUUCACACACAACCUUAAGUGUUAUCCAGGUGCAGUUCUCAGAGAACCCACUUUGAAAAUCUGUUACCUAGCUACUAACACAAAACAGUGGUAGAACAGGCAUUCUCCUUUACCAGUUCACCUAGAUGGCAUUGCAUUAAGGAAGGGGCAAGGACACCCUUCUUUAGAGAGAAAAAGAGAACUCACACAAGUGCUGCUACCUUACUUUUGGAUGCCCCUGUUUUACUUCAGAACCAACUGAAGGCAGUCAGAAACUUGAGUUUGCUUUUAAAGGGAAAUGAUAGAUCUACUGGUGAAGAUUCAUGAUGAAACAUUAAAUAUUCACUUCUUCUUUCUUUCUUUCUUUCUUUCUUUCUUUCUUUCUUUCUUUAUCAGUUUCUCUAAACACUAUAUUAAACAUGACCUAACUAUGGUUUCUUUCUCCCAAGAGAUGUCUGCAGACUAGGAAAGCACAAGAUCAUCAUGCAAGGAUUUGCUUCCAAUAAAGAUUCAAAACAGAAUUGUUUGUAUUGGCAGGAGGGGAAUUCUAUCAAAGAGCAAAGCUAAUGAACUGGUGUGUGCAAAAGAGUUAGUUGAAUCCCAAAUCCUGGGGCUUGUCUUAUCCAUUGUGGGAUCUCUCUGAAGUGUCCCAACCUAUGACUUGCUUUGGGGUUUCUCAAAGAUUUGGAUUUUUUUCCUUUUUGUGCAGAUAUUGUUUCUACAAAAAAAAUUAAACAUUUCUCUGCAAGCUUGUUAUAUACUUAUAAACACCAGGCUGGGAAGAAACUGGAAGAAGGGGAAGAAAGAGCUGUUUUGUGAAUGACAAUGUCUAGCUUCCAAAAAGAGACAGUGUGUUCAUUUUUCCAUAAUAAUGAAUGGGGAAGCAACAGUGUCUCCCCCCCCCCCCCCCAAUUGUGAUUUUGAUGCAGUCAGUCAGUCUUUGAAAUGCUUUGGACUUAAUCUUGCUCUUUUCUCAAGUGGUGAAGCAGGUUCUGAACUGAAUUUUUUAGGUGGUGCACAUUCCACCUAAUAAUGCACACAAUUCACUUCCAUUUCUGAACUCCCUUCUAUGUAAGUGCAGGGAGGAGUAGAAAUAAUAAUAAUAAUAAUAAUAAUAAUAAUAAUAAUAAUAAUAAUAAUAAUUUAUUAUUUAUACCCCGCCCAUCUGGCUGAGUUUCCUCAGCCACUCUGAACUAGGCACUGCUGAGCUAGGUUUCUUUUUUUAAAAAAAAACACCACGUAAUUAGUGUACCAUUUAUUUAUUUAUUUAUUUUUAAAAACUAAGUGGUUCACAUAAAAUAUAAAACAUGCAUUAGGAUGAUCAAUAAAAGUAAGAAGUUGGGUUGCUGUACUUUUCUGGUAAAAGUGACAUGAUGUCAGUUGGUUAGAAUGCCUAUUUCCUUGCCACUUCAGUUCACAUCACAGACUGUCAUUUAUAGGCUGUAGCAAAUCCUAAUGCAUGACUUUAUUCCCCAGCUACACCUCACUGGGCAGAUGCAGAUUAUGAAGCUUUCUGAAAUCACCAACAUUUUUAUCAAAAGUCGAAGGAGAUUGGAACAACCCACCUUAUGA